AUGAACAUACUACUCAUUUUUUGCUUACUAUUUGGGUUUACAUUCCAUCAUGGCGAAGCGGGAUGUAUCAUGCGAGGACUCUGCCACAAACAUACGGAAAACGCCUACGGACCCUGUGUUACCAACAGCAGCAAUGUUGAACCCAUCGAUUUUGACAAAACACAUCCAGCCUAUGAGAAAAUGAUGGAAUUCUGCCCUCACAUGUUGGAAGGUAACAAACAAGUGUGUUGUACUCCCGCUCAAGCUGAGGGACUGACCAAGCAAAUUGCUCAAGCAAGAAACAUCCUUGGACGAUGCCCAUCCUGCUUUGACAACUUUGCCAAACUCUGGUGUGAGUUCACAUGCAGUCCGAACCAGCAGAACUUUGUCUCGAUUUCCGAAAUGAAGCCAAUCGAAGAGAAAGAGGGAUUCACUCCAGAAUACCAUCCUGCAGAAGCAUAUGCAAGCACAGUGGAAUACAGAUUGUCAACUGAGUUCGCUGAAGGCAUGUUUGCUUCGUGUAAAGAUGUGACUUUUGGUGGCCAACCAGCACUUCGAGUUAUGUGUACAUCAACUCCAUGUACUUUGACAAACUGGUUGGAAUUCAUUGGAACACAGAAUCUUGACUUGAACAUUCCAAUCAGUACAAAGUUUAUACUCUAUGAUCCUGCCAAGACAUUGCAAGGCGACCGCUCAACCUUCAUGAAUGUUAACUUUACUGGGUGCGACAAAUCUGCUCGACCUGGUUGGCCGGCUUGUUCAAAGUCAGAGUGCAACAAAGAGGAGUACGCAAAAUUGAUCAACUUGGAUGAUGGCAAGACUUCCGGGCAAUCUUGCAAUGUCCACGGAAUCGCCUGCCUCAACAUUUUCGUCAUGUUGGCAUUUAUUGGAUCUCUCGCUGUUCUUCUUUGUGUCGGAUUUGUGUUCACUUCGUAUGAUGAGGAAUACACGAACGUGCGUCAAAAUCAAAACGGUGAAGAAUCUCCGAAACGGAAUAGAAUCAAACGGACUGGAGCUUGGAUUCACAAUUUCAUGGAGAACAAUGCGAGAGAUAUCGGAAUGAUGGCUGGUCGCAAUCCAAAGUCGCAUUUCUUUAUUGGUUGUGCUGUUCUUAUCUUCUGUUUGCCGGGAAUGGUUUACCAUAAAGAGUCCACAAAUGUUGUUGAUAUGUGGUCAUCUCCAAGAUCGAGAGCUCGUCAGGAAGAGAUGAUUUUCAAUGCUAACUUUGGACGUCCUCAGAGAUACCAACAAAUCAUGCUCCUCAGUCACCGUGAAUUUCAAACAGCCGGAAAGUUGUAUGGACCUGUUUUCCAUAAAGAUAUCUUUGAAGAACUUUUUGAUAUCUUGAAUGCAAUCAAAAAUAUUUCCACCCAUGAUGCAGAUGGACGCAUAAUCACUCUUGAUGAUGUCUGCUACAGACCAAUGGGACCAGGAUUCGAUUGUUUGAUUAUGUCUCCAACCAACUACUUCCAGGGGUUAAAGAAUAAUCUGGAAUUGAAAUCAAACAAAGAAGAAACGGUCUCGGAAGAUGAAUCAUUUGAUUAUUUUUCAUCGGAAGGAACAACAGAUGAAUGGAUGAAUCACAUAGCUGCUUGUAUUGAUCAACCCAUGUCACAAAAAACAAAGUCGGGACUGAGUUGCUUCGGGACUUACGGUGGUCCAUCCGCUCCAAAUAUGGUUUUUGGAAAGAAUACCUCCAUCCAUCAGGCAGCCAAUUCAGUUAUGAUGACAAUUCUGGUCACCCAAAGAACAGAACCUGAGAUUCAGAGAGCAGAACUUUGGGAGAAAGCAUUCAUCAAGUUCUGCAAAGAAUAUAGAGAGAAAUCACCAAAAGUCAUCUUCUCGUUUAUGGCUGAACGAUCCAUACCGGAUGAAAUUGAGAAAGAUGCCAAAGAUGAAAUCGUGACAGUUGUCAUCGCCUUGGCAUUCCUCAUUGGUUACGUCACAUUUUCCCUUGGACGUUAUUUCGCGUGCGAGAAUGAACUCUGGACAAUCUUGGUCCACUCUAGAAUCUGUCUUGGAAUGCUCAGUGUCAUCAUCAACUUGCUCAGUUCUUUCUGCUCCUGGGGAAUAUUCUCCAUGUUUGGUAUUCAUCCAGUCAAAAAUGCGUUGGUUGUCCAGUUCUUUGUUGUCACGUUGCUAGGAGUGUGCCGUACAUUCAUGGUUGUCAAGUACUAUGCCCAACAAAGAGUGGCAUUGCCGUACAUGUCCCCUGACCAAUGUCCAGAGAUUGUGGGAAUGGUUAUGGCUGGAACAAUGCCAGCAAUGUUCAGCAGCUCAUUGGGAUGUGCGUUCAGCUUCUUCAUUGGAGGAUUCACUGACUUGCCAGCUAUCAGAACAUUCUGCUUGUAUGCGGGACUUGCCGUUUUGAUCGAUGUCGUGCUUCACUGCACCAUCUUUUUAGCUCUCUUUGUUUGGGAUACGCAGAGAGAGUUAAAUGGAAGACCGGAAUUUUUUCUUCCUUUCAAGAUCAAGGAUCUUCUCGGAGCUUAUCUUGUGGGAAGACAAAAGUCAACUGAUACUUUCAUGACUUAUUUCUUCCAAUCAAUAGUGGCUCCAUUUACGAUGAAUCGAACUACUCGUGUUGUCACUGGAAUUGUAUUUGUUGUGUCUUUCAUUGCAACCAUCUUUCUGUCGAGCAGAAUUGAAGUUGGAUUUGAUCAGAGUAUGGCGUUUACCGAGAAAAGCUACAUCAGCACCCAUUUCCGAUAUCUUGACAAGUAUUUUGACGUUGGACCACCUGUCUACUACACUGUUGACGGAGAACUUGAUUGGCACAAACCAGAAGUACAGAACAAAUUCUGCUCACUUCCGGGUUGUAGUGACACUUCGUUCGGUAACAUCAUGAACUACGCCGUCGAGCAUACAGAUCAGACAUUCUUGUCCGGAGAAAUGUACAAUUGGAUCGACAGUUAUCUUGAAUGGAUCAACAGAAAGAGUCCAUGCUGCAAGGUCUAUGUACAUGACCCCAACACCUUCUGUUCCACAAACAGGAACAAAAGCUCUCUUGACGACAGGGCUUGCAGAAGCUGCAUGGAUUAUGAUGAUGUGGCAAACUCGUAUCCAAAGGAUUCUAUAUUUCAUCAUAGACCAUCAAUUGACGUUUUCUACAGACACCUGAAGCAUUUCUUGGAAGAUACACCUAAUAGCGAAUGUGCCUUCGGAGGUCGUGCUUCUUUCAAAGACGCUAUCAGUUUCACUUCGCGUGGUAGGAUUCAAGCUUCUCAGUUCAUGACAUUCCACAAAAAACUCUCGAUGAGCAACUCCACGGAUUUCAUAAAAGCUAUGGAACAUGCAAGAAUGGUAUCUCGUCGUCUCGAAAGAUCUAUUGAUGAUACCGCUCACGUGUUUGCGUACAGCAAGAUCUUCCCAUUCUACGAACAGUAUUCAACCAUUAUGCCAAUUCUUACCACACAACUAUUCAUCACGGUCGUUGGAGUGUUUGGAAUCAUUUGUGUCACUUUGGGUAUUGAUGUGAAAGGAGCUGCAUGUGCUGUGAUUUGCCAAGUGUCCAACUACUUCCACAUUGUUGCAUUCAUGUUUCUCCUUGAAAUUCCUGUCAAUGCUUUAUCGGCUACAAAUUUGGUUAUGUCAUCUGGAAUCCUUAUCGAAUUCUCUGUCAACGUUCUCAAAGGAUAUGCGUGCUCGCCCCUUCCCCGUGCGCAAGAGCGUGCAAAAGUUACUGUAGGCAGUAUUGGUCCAAUUAUCCUAUCCGGACCAGUUAUAACAAUGGCCGGGUCAACAAUGUUCCUCUCUGGUGCUCAUCUCCAAAUUAUUACGGUGUACUUCUUCAAAUUAUUCCUCAUUACAAUUGUCAGCAGUGCUGUGCAUGCUCUGAUCAUUUUACCGUGCCUUCUUUCUUUCGGAGGUUCCAGAGAACACCGAAGUUCUGAAAACAGUAUGCAUGAAAACGACGAACAGGGCGAAGUUCUCAUUUUGUCGCCUCUUGCUGAAAGUCGUGUGGACGUUGAAACAGGAGCUGUCCCAAUUCGUCCCACAGAUCUGGACACUUCUCAUCCGACGGAUCCUCUUCUGAAGAAUGAAAAUGAUAUCGAAAAAGCAUUAGAUAUCAUUACUAUCGAUCGUUCCUACCCGUCUACGCCAACCUCUUUGCCAUGUACUUCCCGAUUGCCAAAAACUCAAAUCGAACCGGAUCUUCGAUCUCUCUAG